GCCACAGAGACCCUCGACUGAAACGGAGAAACAAAACGCCAUGCAUCCAAAACAACCGCGGAUACCGACGCCGUCGCCUUAUUCCGGACAUUAAGAGCCGUAUCGCCGCGUAAUUAGCUGGAGGGAGGGGGAUUAAAAGGGAAAGGGGGUCGAUCAUGGGGAACGAAGCGAGCCUCGAAGGCGGCGAAGGGGCGCUCGCUGGAUUACCAGCGGGACUCGCACCUGAUGGGAAGGGUGGCUUCAAGAUGCCCGCUGGGGUGGAGGCAGACCUCACUAAUCUAUCUGAGGAGGAAAGAAAGCAGCUUGUGGCCGCUAUGGCCAAAGCGCAGUCCAGGCCACCAGAGACUCAAGCUGGUGGCACCAGAGUCCCAGCAGGUCUCAGUAAAAGUCGGACUGUAGAUGCAUUUGGAGAGGGGCCGCCUCCCAAGCCAAAGCCUGGACGGAGCCCCUCCUCCCUCAGCCUCCUUGAGUCACGUUUCCGGCAGGAGCCCAAAGACCCAGAACAACCACGAGCUGGCAUGUUCUCGUCUGGCUUCUUGAGUGGGGCCAACCCCCUGAGUGCGGUCUCUUCUGCUGUCUCCUCUGCCAGCAUCCCAAAGUUUAGUUUGUUUGGUGAUGAUGAGGAAGAGGUGCCUGCAAAGCAGGAAGGAAAGCCUCCUGGCCCACAGAGUGGAGCGGGCAAGGGUCCUCCGCAGCAAGGGAGUAAGCCACCUCAGCAAGGUCCACCUAAAGGACAGGGGCCUGAAGGUAAACCUGGAGGUCCUGGUCCCCAACAACAAGGACCCAAACCUGGUGGACCAGGACCUCAACAAGGACCCAAACCUGGGGGACCAGCAUCCCAACAGCAGGGACCUAAAACUGGGGGACCAGGACCCCAACAGGGACCCAAACCUGGGGGACCAGGACCCCAACAGCAGGGACCUAAACCUGGUGGACCAGGACCCCAACAGGGACCCAAACCUGGGGGACCAGGACCCCAACAGCAGGGACCUAAACCUGGGGGACCAGGACCCCAACAGGGACCCAAACCUGGGGGACCAGGACCCCAACAGCAGGGACCUAAACCUGGUGGACCAGGACCCCAACAGGGACCCAAACCUGGGGGACCAGGACCUCAACAGGGACCCAAACCUGGGGGACCAGGAGCCCAACAACAGGGACCUAAACCUGGUGAACCAGGACCUCAACAGCAAGGACCCAAACCUGGAGGCCCAGGCCCCCAGCAACAAGGGCCUGGGAAACCUGGUCCAGGGGUUGCAGCAAAACCCAGUGGACCUCAACAGCAGGGUAAACCUGGGCCGGUGGCUCAAGGGAAAGCAAUGUGUCCUCUUUGUAAUUCUACAGAGCUGAAUCUGCAGGCUAAAGACCAGCCACCCAACUACAACACCUGCACUCAGUGCAAACAGCAGGUGUGCAACCUGUGCGGCUUCAGUCCACCAGACUCAGCGGGUAAGGAAUGGUUGUGUCUGAACUGUCAGAUGCAGCGGGCAGUGGGUGGCAUGGACCCUCCUGGACCUCCAAUGAUGAAACAGCCCCCCAAGCAGGGUUCUGCACCUCCCUCCCCACAAAGGAAAGAGUCACCGUCUGGGUCUCCCUCUAAGGGUGAGCCAGGGAAGAAGCCCCCAAUGCUGACCAAACAACAGAGUAUUGCUGAUACUGGGAAAGGAAGUACACCUCCAACUACACCAAAAUCUGGACCACAGCAGGGACCUCAGCCAGGACAACUAGGGGCCAAGUGUGGACAGCCUCCACCUCUUCAAAAACCUUCACAGAGCCCAAAAGGUAGUCCUCAGCCUUCUCCAGCAAAAACUACUCCAAAACAAGAUGGAGGGGGCUUUUUUGGAGGAUUUGGUCUGGGAGGAUUGACAGAGGUGACAAAACCCUCUGUAGGUGCUCAGGCUAGCGAGUCAGUCGCAGGAAAACUCUUUGGUGGUUUUGGUGGGUCGUCCAAACCUCAGGCCGGCUCUACUGCUCAGGCCAGCGAGUCGGUCACUGGAAAACUCUUCAGUGGGUUCAGUGGUCUCACAGAGUCGGCUAAACCUACGCCAGCAAGUUCUCAGUCUGCCGAGAGCGUGUCUGGAAAGAUGUUUGGUUUUGGCUCUUCCAUCCUGAGCUCUGCCACCAAUCUCAUUUCUGGGGAGGAAUCAAAGUCUCCCCCAGAAUCUCCUCCAGGAUCGCCCCCUGAUUCCCCCGUUGGAUCUGAAGCAGACUCCCCUCCCGGAUCCCUCCCUGACUCAGGCUCAGAGUCACCUCCUGACACACCACCUGCUUAUUCCAAAGACACAGCAUCUCCAAAACCUACAGCUGCUGAAGGAAAAACAUCAGCGGACAUGCCCCCUCCAAAAUCGACAGAAGUAGAGGGGCCUCUGACACCAGUUUCAGGCUCUGAGGCCCAGUCCUGCUGUCCACUCUGUAAAGUGAAGCUGAACAUGGGAUCAGGAGAGUCACCUAACUAUAGCACCUGUACAGAGUGCCAGAAGACUGUGUGCAACCUGUGUGGAUUCAACCCCACUCCACAUCUCUCAGAGAAAGAAUGGCUCUGCCUAAACUGCCAGACCCAAAGGGCUCUCUCUGGGCAACUUGGGGAUAUGCCACCUCCACCUUCUCCAUCCAAGCUACCAGCCAAACACGAACCCACCCCUUCCUCCUCCCCAGCCCGUUCUGCAUCCUCCACCCCUUCCUCUUCUGCACCUACUGCCACUGCCACCCCCACCAAAGGGCUAACACGGAUGCCCAGCAUAACUCAGGCCCCAGCUGACAAGUCUGAGCCAGUCUCAGCCAAAGUUGAUGCUAAAGAUGUCAAAAAUACAGAUGCAGAACAAGGGGUUACAGCAGAGCCAGUACUGAAGAGUACACAGGUAGUACCAGAAGAGAGCAAAGAACAAGCAACUGGCACCCUGAAUGAAAACACAGAGGGCGUAGCAACUAUAACUGAGCAAAUAGUUAAGGAAGAUGCCCCUCCUUCACCUCAUGUUUUAAAAGAGACAGCAGAUGUUAAAGGGGUAGAUGUAGAACAGGCUGAAACUGGUGAACAAACUGAGGACCAAGCAGCGGUACAGAAUACAGAGAAAAGUGAGCCAGAACAGUGCCAGGUCAAAAAGACAGAAUAUGCUAAUACAUUUGAAACGGAGCCUGAAAGCAGCCAGGAAGCACCUAUAAUUUAUAAUGUUAUUCAGACCGUUCUGGUUAGUGACAUGGAAGCCAUUUCAGAAAAAGAAAUAGUGCCACAAUCCACUGAGACAUCAGAGCCAGCCACAGAGAUCAAAAUGACACAGUCCAAUGCAAGCUCUCCUAUAAGCAAGGAACCACAUAGUCAGACUACAGAGAAACAAUCUGAAGAGCUCGCACUACCCUCAAAUGUAGAUACGGUAGAUAACAUGCCUGUAAAGGAAAGCUCUAUCGAGACAGCAACUACUGAUCCUGAUCAAAGUAGCAUAGGGGAUGUGCCAGAGAGGAAACCUGAGGCCUCUGUGCAAAUUGAGGCACCAGGGAUUGAGUCCAGUGAGCCCCGUGAUAAUCAGCCAUCCUAUGAUAUUACCUAUCAGGAAGAAUCUGCAGAGCCAGAAAAUAGAGCAGAUCGACUUGAAAAUGGAGUCAUAGCAGAGGCCAUUUUGAAUAACGAAUUAACAGAAGAGCAGGUUACAGAAACAACAGAGUUAACCCCCCAAAAUAAUGUAAAUGUAUGUGACAAAGAAGAGGUUAUAGUAAAAAUGCUAGAGAUGAAAGAUCCAUUUGAAAAGUCAGAAGUCACUAGCAAAGAUUCUAGUCUUAUUGCAAAUUAUAUUUCUGUAGAUAAUAACGAUGAGAAUUCUGAAAAAAGUCUAAAAGAAGAUAAGAUAGAGGUAGAGGACACAUCACAAACACAAUUAGAUGAGCUCUCACAAUCUCCAGUUACUGAACUCAACUUCACAGAAGAAAUAUUGGCGAGUGGAUCUGAAAAUGUUAGUAAAUAUAACCCAAAGGAUCACUGCACUAAAGAGCUCUGUGUAGAAAGAGAGGAUAAGCCACUGGAAAAGGAACAGAUGAGCACAGAUAAAGUAGUGCUGGAAAAAUGUAUGCCAGAUCAAGCAGGUGGAGAUUUAGAGAUCCUCAAGAACACAGAGCAGAAAGUCACUCUCAAUACUAUGCCUGACAACAUCAAAUUUGAAUUUAGUUCUGAAAGCCCUUUCUCUGAACAAGAGAUUAGUCCAGAUAAAAACAUAGAGGAGAAAAAAAUGGGGGAUACAUACCCUCCAGCCCUUCAAGAAGCUGCUCCCAAACCAGAGAAAACAAUGUCAGAAACAGAGAAAGUAUGUGAGCAAAACACAGAGUCAUAUGCUGUUAUUACAGAGAAUGAGAAUGAAUGUAAAGUCAUUAAAGAUAAACUAUCAUCUGUUAAUAAUCAUACUGUUUCAGAGAUUGUAGAAAAAAAAUUUCCAGUAGAAGAGGAAAUUAGGCAAAUUCCGGACACUGUGACAGAAAAAGCUCUAGAACAGUCUGUCAUGCCAAGAGGUUUUACUGACCAGAAAAUAGGAGUCCCCUCAUCCCUGGUGGUUAGUAAGCAUGAAGAUGAAAAAGCAGUAAUUGAGAUUAAGCCUGAAGAGUUGCAGUCUACACAACAAGUCCAAACCCCUGCUGUAACAUCUACUACAUCUAGUGUAAAAGAUAAAUUAGUCAGUGAGGAGCUGAUGGAAAAAGCGCUGGUUGUAACUGACCUGGAAGUCACCAAAAAAACUAAACUUGAAUCUACAGCUAAUUGUGUGCCCCAUAGCCUAGACCAUGAUGUAGAAGUAGCCUCCCCACCAUCUACAUUUAGCCAACAGGAAAGAAACAAAUCCGAGGAGGGGAAGUUGACCUCUGAACCACAAGAAAAAUUGGAUGAUGUGCUACAGCCAUUGAUAAAGUCUAAUGAAAUUAAUGAAUCUGGAGAGAAUAAGGAAGAGGCUCCUGUCCCAGUGAAAGAGAGUGAGCUACUGAGGAAGCCUGGUAAGAAAGAUAAAGAAAGCAGCCCUAUGAGUCCUUCAGACUUGGCCAAGUUGGAAAGCACCGUCCUUCCAAUACUAGAGGCUCAGACAACAUCUAAAGAGAUAUCACAAACUGAAACUCCAAAGGUCAAGCGUCGACUGGAGGUGUUGCCAAUGUCUCCAGAACCCAGCUCAGAGGAUGACCAACAUGGAGAAUCUCAAGAGCAAAAAAUUGAUGUACCAAAAAAAGAGCGGAAAAAACUUUUGGUUCCAACUUAUAUUCAAGGAGAUUCUUUUGAGGACAGUAGUGAGGGAGAACCUUCACCUAAACUGCAAAGGAAAAAGACUGUUGGAGAUAAGGAAGUAGAGAUGGAGAGUCCUAUGGAUGAGGAGGAUUUCAUCCGGAAGCAGAUCAUAGAGAUGAGUGCAGAUGAGGAUGCAUCACCAUCUGAUGAAGAAAACAUUGCCAGACGGAAAAUUAAAGAUCAAGAGAAGACGCAAAUGGAACAAAAUGCAAAGAAAGAUGAAAAGGACAAACGUGAAUUGUGCAAAGGGAGACGCCUUCUCAAAAAUAGCAGUAUCAGUCCAGAAGAUGAGCCUGAACAGAAGAGUAUUAUCUCUAUAACUAAAAUUGAAGAACUAGCUAAAGGAGAACAACCUUCAGUAGACAGUGGAGCUGGUAUACGACAUUUUAAAACAAUUGAACUUAACAGUACAGCGACUGUACGUCAGAUAUCAGAUGACGGUGAGCUAGAGAGCCUUACAGACUCUCCUGAUGACAGGUCAAGAGGUGAAGGCUCUUCCAGUUUACAUGCAUCCAGUUUUACCCCAGGAACAUCUCCAACAUCUUUGUCUUCUCUUGAUGAAGACAGUGACAGCAGCAGCCCAAGUCAUGUUCGGUCUAGUGGUGAGGGCAAGCAGCAGAGGAAAGCAAAGCACCGGUCAGGCCAGCUUCCUACCAUUGAGGAUUCAUCAGAGGAAGAGGAGCUGCGAGAAGAAGAAGAGCUUCUGAGAGAACAGGAGAAGCAGAAGGGCACAGGAAAAAAGUCAAAGAAAGACAAAGAAGAGAUACGGGCACAGAGAAGGAGAGAAAGACCCAAAACUCCGCCAAGCAACCUCUCACCAAUUGAGGAUGCAUCUCCCACAGAAGAGCUACGACAAGAAGCAGAGAUGGAGGAAUUCCGCAGGUCUUCCUGCUCAGACCUCUCCCCAAGCAUGGAGUCAGAACCAGAGAGCUUUGAGAUUCUCCCAGAGAAGAUUGUUGCUGUCCAAAAAGUGUAUCAGUUACCAACAUCAGUCUCACUGUACUCUCCAACAGAUGAGCAACACACUGAUAGUCAGUCCAAAGAAAAGAGAAAACAUGCAUUAAGAAGUGCGGAUGAGGCAUAUGAAGAGAUUAUGCUCAAGGUCAAAUCUCCAACUAACGAUGGAAAGGAACAUCCACCUGGUAAAGAAUCUCUUUAUGGGAGCAUACUGAUAGAAAAUUAUGCAUACGAGUCUCUUGUUGAUGAUGCGUCCUAUGAGCAGGAACCAGAUAAACUUUUUGUGUCAGAGAAACCCAAAAAAACCCUGAGAUCACCUGAUGAGGUUUAUGAGGACAUGAUGCAAAGAAAGGAAGAGAUGAUGCUUAAGGAACAGGAGAUAAAACACAGUAAGCCAGUAGAAGAUGCUCCUAAAGCAAAAACUGUGUUGCCCGAAACUGACUCAAGCAAAGAACAAAGCAUUAUGUCAUCAAGCACCACAGGUCAGUCCGGAAAGGAUAGGAAGCCAUUAUUAGAUGCAGAAGCAGCCUAUGAGGAGCUUAUGAAGAAGCAAAGAGCGGUACUAACUCCAGGCACCAGUCCAACUCAAGCAGGCCCUGAUCUGAGUGGCAUGGCACAAGUUACAACAAUAACCCAAGGUGAAAAAACCGAGCCAGCACCCCUACGAAGAAUACUGCCUAUUCCUGAUCUAAGAGUGACACAGUGCUCCUCAGGUGAAGAGGAAUCUGGUGAAGAGAGUAUUUCUGAUCAAACACAGGACUCUGAGAAAGCUACAGUUUCAGUUACAAAGACUGAACCAGAACCACUUGUGGAUGAGGCUUUCCAGAAAGCAUCAGUCUCAGAGCCAGUCGUCGAGGAUUUGUCACUACAAAGAGAAGUAGCAUUGCCUGCAGUAUCAAGUGAUUCACAGGAUGCCACAGAAAAUGAUGUAGGAAUUGAGCAGACAGUUGUUGUUGACUUGUCCAAGUCAUCAGCCCCUAGUCAAAUUGACUCUUUUACAGCACCUGUUCCUAGUGUAAUUUCAAGACCGUCGGCCCCAGUAGUUGUAAGUGUAUCACCUUUGCCCACAGUACCGCAAUAUAUAGUACCCACUGUACCUAGUGUUGUAUCAACUGCUCCACCAGUUCCUCCCAAACCAGUAGUACUACGCAGAGCUGCAUCUCUGGAAAAAGCAGACAUUCCAGUUCCUCCACCCUUACCCCCUCCAACACUACCCAAACCCUCUGUGUAUCCCAAAAAGACUCCACCACAGGUCCCCCCAAGAACUACUCCAGUUGGCAUGCCAACCACAGGGGACAGUGUACCAGUAAGACAGCCUCUUACUCCAGGCUAUAAGCCCCAUGUUCCUCCACCUGUACCACCUAAGCCAUCCUCUAUCCCUGCAGGCCUAACCUUCAGUCACAAACCUGGGGAGACUGUUAAACCUCGCAUAGCUCCCAAACCCAUAGCUCGUGCUCAGCCACCCUUUACAGCCCACACACCUACAAGACCUACCAUACUGAGUACAAGCAGUGCAGAUAGUGUCCUUAAUCUGAGUCCUUCUGCCGAAAAUAAGACCACAUCUCCUCUCAAGUCCCCUACAUCACCCAGGUUUGGCAAGGUUUUACGUGACACAUAUGUUGUUAUUACUUUGCCAUCUCAGCCUGGUUCACCUACAGAAGGUAUCACAACCCAAGCCUCAAUAGGUCCUAGCCAAGAAUCACUUCAGAAGCCACCUCAUUCACCACCUCAACCACCUCCACAAUCACAAACAACUAGAGUACCAUUGGCAUUCACACGAAUUACUGAAUCUAUUGAAAGUCAAGAAAUAUGUGGUCCAGAGAAGGUAGUUUCUAGCAUGAGUCAUGUCUACAAGGCUAUUUCAGCCUCAACGCAGCCUCAGUCAAUUAUUCCAAAUGUUGGCAUUCAGGUAGUUACCACUGAAGUCCAAAGAACCACAGUGUCUGUUUUGCAUGAAAGAACACCACCUCCACAUCCCAUUCCAAGAGCCUCUGGCAUCUCCGUAGUUCAAGAAAACAUAAAACCUGAACCAGCUCAAGUGCAGAAUGGUCAUGCCUACCAUCCUGGUGAGGUCGUGGAUCUCCGUACCCCAAAGAUAGAUGCAGAGACAUCCAUGAAAGGUGUGGAUCUGUCUUCCUCUGAGUCAAGACGACAGUCCCUUGCUAUUGAUAGUGGUGGACGUCAGCAAAGUGCUGUGCAGUCAUCUGUAGUAAACCUAAGCACUGAUACGUCCUCAGUCUCUGUGGUUACUGACAACAUCACCAUCCUCACGUGCACAGCCACUGUAGCUUAUGGUAGUGAUGUAUCUCUGUCAACAUCAAUGCCUCUCCAACUUACAACAGCUAAAUCCUUUGAGCCUGUGUCUCAAAUUAUUUACAGACCUGUGGAUUCUCAACCAGAGAAACCCAUAAAUCUCUCUACAACAACGGGUAAAACUGUUCCUGUAACAAUGGCUCCUACAAUUGCAAGCAAUGGCAUUUGUGCAACUAUGCCCCCUCGUCUAGAAACAGGCUUAUCCGGUGCAGUUGAUCUCACCACAGUAAAACCUGCACAAACUGUGGUUGCAAUGAAUGGGUCCACUGCAGAGGUGGUUACUGCUGUAAUUACAGAGGAUGAUGGAAAACCAGUAGAUCUUACUGCUGGAAGAAGAGCAGUCUGCUGUGAUGUAGUCUACAAGCUUCCUUUUGCAAGCAGCUGUACAACUCAGCAGGCCUCAGCUCCAUUACCAGAGGAUCGCUUUGGCUACAGAGAUGACCAUUAUCAAUACGAUCGUACUCCUCAUGGUAUGAGAGGUCUUGGUGGCAUUAAACCCUCAAUGUCGGACACAAACUUGGCAGAGGCUGGUCUCUUCUUAUAUAAAAGUAAGCAUAGUUAUGAUUACAAGGAGAUCACUGAAGGUGCUGUAGACCUGACAUCUGGAAAAAUGUCGGUGACAGGUGAAGCUGUAGACUAUUCGAACAAGUCUACAGGAGUGUGCACUGGAAUGACAGUUCCACAGUACACACAAGCCAGGAUUACUUCAGCAGUUGGAACCCACUAUGGUGCUUCUAGUGUCCUAAGAUCUUCCAAUGGUAUUGUUUAUUCUUCUGUAGCAGCUACAGUCCCUUCUACAUAUGCCAUAACCACCCAGCCUGGCUCUAUCUUCAGCACAUCCUACAAUACUCUGUCAGGCAUGCACACAAGUGAUACUAUGCCAUCACUGUCAACUCUACAGAAUCAGCCGCUCACUAGGUCGCACAGCUUUCUUUCAACAAUUGCUGUAACCACAGCAGAAGAACAAAGUGACUUACCAUUAAAUCUGGAGACUGUUGUUUCAAAGGCUGGCCUUUCAACGACUCUCUCAGAUGUAAUUUCAACAGUCACCACGGUGGCAGCACUGGACACCUACACAAAUGCUUCACUGGAGGCAAUUGCAGCCUCUUUAGAAGCUCUGUCUUCACCCUUGGUUCCAGGAGAUGGACAGUACCAGAUAAAGCGUGAGCUUCUUGAGCUAGAAAAGAUGAAGCAGCAACGCUUGGCUGAAGAACUUGAGUGGGAGAGACAGGAGAUACAGCGGUUCCGUGAUCAAGAACAGCUUCUUGUGCAGAAGGAGCUGGAAGAACUCCAGGCCAUGAAACAGCAAAUACUAUGUCAGCAAGAAGAGGAUAGACAGGCCCACCUUUUGAUGCAAAAGGAAACUUAUGCUCAGCAACAGGAGCAGUUAGAGCAGAUCCAGAGACUCCAAGAACAGCUCAGACAUCAGUUGGAAGAACAGAAAUUCAGGCAGAUGUAUCCAGGUGAAGUCCUGCCAGAGGCUCUUGUUGUGGCAGGAGAAAGAAAAAUGGACAGUGGCUGCCAGACUGAUGAGGAGGAUAAUACUGAAAAGGCCUACACUGCAGGAAGGAAAAAGAAAAGUACAAAAAAAAGUGUUGAUAGCUGUGUACAGACAGAUGAUGAAGACCAAGAUGAAUGGGAAGUUCCUGCUCGAAGCAGGCGCAGUAGAACACGUGGUGGUAAAAAUGGCAUGGGUGAAAGAGGAGCUGUUUCAGUUCAGGCCCUUACUGAAAUCUCUGUACAAACAGACCCUUCAGGAACACUUAGGGGGCACUCUGUGCAGGUAGAUACUAGAUUAGAUUAUCCUGACUCUGAUAGAACUUCUUCUCCAAAGAGGCGUCCCACUCCACUUGAUAUAGGUCAGUCUCCUCACCUCAAAGCAGAUGCCUCUACUCUUCAGGUUGUCCCAGGUCCUCCCAAAUCCCCAAAAGUACUGUACUCCCCAAUUUCCCCUUGUGUAUCCCCUAGCAAAUCCCUUGAGUAUUUGUCCUAUGAGAAAUCCCUUGGAGACACAAGCCCACAGAGAAUGCACUCUGCCACAGAUCUAUCCAAAGGUCCACCAACAAGUCCUAGGGCUCCCAAGGUCAUACAAAGGUCAAUGUCUGACCCUAAACCCAUGAGCCCAACUGCUGAAGAAAGGGCAGCAGCAAAUUUCCAGUAUUCUGAGGGUUACUCUGGAAAGGGAUCUCCAAGUGGAACUCCAUCUGGCACCCAAAAGAAGGUUAAGAGGACCCUUCCUAACCCACCUUCAGAGGAAGAAGCUGUUAAUGCUGGUCAAACAGCCUACAGCACUGGCUCAGCUCGUCGCCGUCUCUGCCGGAGCACUAACAUGGCACGAGCAAAAAUCCUGCAGGACAUUGACCGUGAACUAGACCUGGUUGAGAGAGAGUCCUCCAAACUGCGUAAAAAGCAAGCUGAACUGGAUGAGGAAGAAAAGGAGAUUGAUGCCAAGUUGCGAUACCUGGAGAUGGGCAUUAACCGAAGAAAGGAGGCAUUGCUUAAAGAAAGGGAGAAGAGGGAAAGGGCCUAUCUGCAAAGUGUUGCAGAGGACCGUGACUACAUGUCUGACAGUGAGGUGAGUAACAUUCGCGAAACAAGAGUUGGAGAGGAGGUUAGUGGACAUGGGCUUGAGAGACCACGUACUGCACCACAGUCAGAACUUGAUGAAUUUGUUCCUCCACAGACCAAGCACGACCAGUAUGGAAAAUAUUCCCAGUACCAGUACCCACAGUAUCAGCAGUCCCUGUACCAGCCUCAGUCACCAUACCAAUCCCAGUCCAUCUACUCUUCUGUUCCUUCUCUGACUGCCUCACAACAACAGAGCUACCACCAAAUGCUUUUGCUCCAGCAGAAAGCCAGACAACAAGCUGCUCUCCUCUCUGAAUUAGAUUCUACCAAAAUUUCCACCAACUAUGACACGUCAUCUUACUUAGGAGGAAAAUAUGGUAACCACCUUGACUUGCAUAGCCUAGAAGAGCAUGCUGGCAGCUUGGCAGUCAGUCCUAUGUCAAAUGUAUCUGCUGACUCCUUCUAUGCAGACUUAGAGCAACAUCAGACACCAAGGAGCUAUAUGCUUUUAGAAGAUGCAACAGAACUUGCAAAAAGCACUGUUAGCCUUUCAUCUGACAGCUAUGGCAUUGCUGAGAGGGAGCUAGCCAAAGCAGAGCACCUUCUGAGACACACUGCUGCAGAUGUUGGUACAGACUACCUGGGAAGCUCCUCCAGACUUCACUCUUAUGGUAAGGCUCAAGAUGAAGAGGACCCAAUGGAAGAGCCAUUUGAACUAAAGCUUUUAAAACAACAACUGAAACAGGAAUUCCAGAGAAGCACAGGGGGCACUGAAAGCUUAGAGCAGCUUGCUGGACUCUCACAUCACUAUACCACUAGCACUGGAGUGUCUAGUGGAGGCUACAGGGCGUUCCCCAAAACCGAAAAGUACAGCAUCAGUAGAUUGACCUUAGAGAAACAGGCUGCCAAGCAACUUCCUACAUCUAUGCUCUACCAGAAACACAAAAACACCAGCAACAUAGGCAAGUACUCCUCCAUCCAGGAUAGCAGGGCUCUAGAAACAGACUAUAGUAGUUACUUGGGGUCCAGUAGUGCUUCUCCCAGAUCAAGCAGACUUCUGCAGGAUGAAAUCACCUUUGGGCUACGCAAGAACAUUGCUGAACAGCAGAAAUACCUGGGCUCCACUCUUGGGGCCAACUUGGCAGGUUCACUCAAUCUGGGCCAAAGCCUAAAUCUGAGCCCAGGCAUGAGGUCCACUUUGGGAGAAGACUCUGCUUACCCUAGUGGAAGUAGGUCACGGCCUUCCUCUAGACCCUCCUCUGUGUAUGGCCUUGACCUGUCCCUUAAAAGGGAUACCUCAAGUUCAUCUCUGAGGCUCAAAGCAGAAGGUGACCCCUCCUCAGACACCUCAGCUUUCCAGGCUCCAUCAGGCAGGUCAAAACCUACAAGCCUGCCCAUUGUACAAGGUGGGCGUGGACGUAUUCCUAUUGUGGCACAGAACUCAGAGGAAGAGAGCCCACUGAGUCCAGUGGGUCAGCCAAUGGGUAUGGCACGGGCAUCAGCGGGUCCGCUUCCGCCCAUAUCUGCUGACUCGCGUGAUCAGUUUGGGUCAUGUUUGUCCCUCCAAGACCCUCAACAGCAACAUCUCAGAGAAGAUCCUUCAAGAGGGCGUGGCUAUGUGCUAAUGGAUGAUCUGCAGGGCACCAUGUCUGAUAGUGAAGCACUAAGUGAAUCCCUGGUGGGUUUGAGCAGAGACGAUCCAGGAAACUCACAUGAGAAUGUCACAAACGCGUACCACCUGCGACGGGAGGAAACUGACUGGUUUGAUAAACCACGAGAUGGGUGCACAGAGAACGGACAAGGGGAUAGAAGACAGGGAAAGUCAGCACACUACCCGUUUCCUCAUGCCAGAAUAAAACUACAGCGGGAUCCCAAAGAUCAUAGUGUAUCAGGAAACGGACUGGGCAUUCGUGUGGUUGGAGGAAAAGAGGUCCCGGGCAGCAAUGGGCACAUUGGUGCGUAUGUUGCCAAAGUAUUACCUGGAGGAGCUGCGGAACAGACGAGGAAGAUUGUGGAAGGAAUGCAAGUUCUGGAAUGGAACAGCAUUUCUCUGACUGGUAAGACGUACGAGGAGGUGCAGGGUCUAGUUGGUCACCAGGUCGGAGAGGCGGAGAUAUGUGUCAGACUUGACCUAAAUAUGCUGUCUGAUUCUGAAAGCUCCCACCUAGACCUUCAAGACCAGACCAAAGGUGACAGACCUCCGCGGUCACCAGGUGUGGACCCUAAGCAGCUGGCUGCCGAGCUGCAGAAAGUGUCCCAGCAGCAGAUGCCGUCCUCCUCUGCGUCAACACUGGAUAAAGCCUCAGCGUCCGCUGGCUCCAGUGCAGUUCCCAGCCCUGGCCAGCCUGGUUCACCCUCUGUCAGCAAGAAGCGUCACAGCAAGACCUCUGAGGCUGCAAAAACUCAGUCCCAUUCAGUGUCAGGAGAGAUCCAGCUUCAAAUAAAUUACGACAAACAGCUGGGAAAUCUCAUUGUCCAUGUUCUUCAAGCACGAAAUCUGGCACCCCGGGACAAUAACGGCUACUCGGAUCCGUUCGUUAAAGUUUACUUGCUGCCGGGUAGAGGUCAGGUCAUGGUUGUGCAGAAUGCCAGUGCUGAAAACAAAAGAAGGUCCAAACAUGUUCAGAAGAGCUUGAACCCAGAGUGGAACCAGACUGUCAUCUACAAAAAUAUCCAUCUGGAACAGCUAAGAAAGAAGACACUAGAGGUCAGCGUGUGGGACUACGACAAGAGCUCUGCCAAUGACUUCUUGGGAGAGUAUAUGGCCCCAGCCCAAAUUGGCCACCUCGACCCGAGGCACCACAGGCACAGCGUAGUUGGUGUGCUCACCAUUCAGAGAGCCCCGUCUGAGUCGCCAGCCAAUGAGAUCCCUGACGGCCGUCACCUGACCCUCAGGAAAGCCAUGUCUGAAGAGAGGCCACAGCCGGACGGAGCGUCCCGCAGCCAUAGAUCUGGUGAUGCUCCUGUUACUGCAGCCUCAUUGGACAGCGGUCUGAGUGGCAGUGCCUAUAGCCUAUUGGAUGAAGAGGGCGGGACCAAUGCGGUGGAUAGUGCUAUCUUCCAGGUUCCCAGAUUUGGAAAGAUUCCAAACGGCACAGAAGCUGUGAAAUCCGCUCAUGGAGAUACAGAGGGUAAGACUCAGGUGAUAGGGGAGAUAAAGAUUGCCCUGAAGAAGGAGAUGAAGACAGAGGGGGAACACCUGGUGCUUGAGAUCCUACAGUGCAGAAACAUAACAUACAAAUUCAAGUCUCCAGACCACCUCCCAGACCUGUAUGUGAAGCUCUAUGUGGUGAAUGUGGCCACUCAGAAAAGAAUCAUCAAGAAGAAAACUAGAGUGUGUCGUCAUGAUCGCGAACCGUCUUUUAACGAAACUUUCCGUUUCUGCAUGAACCCCACAGGUCAUUCCAUUCAGCUCUUUCUUGUUUCAAACGGAGGCAAGUUCUUAAAGAAGACCCUAAUCGGCGAAGCCUACGUCUGGCUGGAUAAGGUAGACCUGCGGAAACGGGUGGUGAGCUGGCACAAGCUGCUGGCCAGCACAGCUCAGAUCCACUCCUAAAGACGGCGGUCGGAUGAGGCGCGAGGACAGAACAGGCAGCGGAGUCGCACAUCUCUGCCGCACUCUUUGGGACUAAACUGAGCUGAAUUUGGAGGGCCGACACAGGGAGCUUCCCGAUUGCACUGGCACGUGUGAUUGUGUUAACCCAAGCCAUGGAGAAACAGGUGUAUAAUGGUGUUUACAGAAAGGGUCUGACCCUUAUUGACGAGAUGCAGAUCUUUACGUUGGGAAAAGCUCAAAAAAUUGAGCCGGAGAGUCACACAAUGUUCAUACGUAUAUGUGUACAUGCACUUUCACAAUCACUCACACUUAUCGACACAUAUUUAUACCGAUGUAUGUAUAAUAAUAUGUGUACAUUGGGCCACAACAGACAGUUAGAUAAUAGAGUGAAAGUUUAUUUAUCCCGUUUGUGAUUGUUUACAGAUAGAGACGGAUAUCAUAUACAUUAUUUUUGUAUGAUAGAGACAAAUUCAGUUUUAGAUAUUUAUUGUUAUUUUACAUUCCCUCUCAGAUGUUAUUAUGUGUUGAAAGAACUGAUAUUUAAAGCAUAUUAUCAAUGGAUUAGAAGAGUAUUUUAUGGUAUAUUAUAGACAGAUUUAAAUGAAUGAAAUAUGAUUUAUUGGGUGUUGUGAUGAC